CCGCGUCCAUUAUGCACCACCGUGUUUUUCGCCCUAAUUCCGGCACUAGUCACAUUUAAGGGCGAAAAAUCCUUACUUGGUAUCACACAUCUCGGUUCCGGAGCAUGACAGGGAGGUCGUGCGCAUUGGCGCUGGACCAUUUGGCACACCAUUCCUGGAGCACAGAGCACAUGCGAACAGUCAAGUGGCCUUGGUGGAGGUGGCGGCGGUAAUGGUGGACCUGAAAUUAGGGCAUCUGCUCAGGGCUGCACAAACUCGUCCGGGCCCGCAUGGCUCCUGUACCAUCCUGCAUGCUGUUCCCAUGGGGCACUGUAUUUGUGAACAUGACACUGGUGGCGGAGGUGGUCGUGGAGGACCUAUGUGCGUUCGAUGAUCCCAUGCGCAAUUGGCUGCCCUCCAUGGUCAGUUCUUUUGA